GUUUGCAAAGAAAAUAAAAUUUUCACACAAUAUUUGUCACUGCUCAGGAAAUGGGAUUUCAUGCUGGCAAAGCUCUGUGCUUGCUUGGAGCUCCUGUUGACAGUGGUGGGCUUUGGGGUUCCUCCUGCAGCUGAGCCAACAUUCCACCCUCCUGUGGCACAGGUAUUCCUUGGAACAGGGGCAGAGGAUCCUGAGCAGCAGGCUGGACCUGUGGGAGCAGCUCAAGUGCCAUUCCCAUGGCAGCACCCAUCCUGGAUGGAACCAGAGUGUCUGGCAGGUGCCUGGGAGGCUGAAGGAUCCGCUGCCUGGGGCCAGAAGAGGUCUCCCUCGUUACCCCCGGCCCAGCACUGGAGCUGGGGGCACCCCGCGGGUUCCGGGCUCGCCCUUUCCCCCGGCGGCGGCGGCGGGGCGGCCCCGGGAGCGCGGGGAGGCUCCGCGAGUUCCGCGGGCUGCCGGACCGCCACCAUGUCCAAAGUGGCGGCGGAAAGUUGCGGGGCAGCGCCGGCCGAGGACUUGUCCAAGGUGUCGGACGAGGAGCUGCUCAAGUGGAGCAAGGAGGAGCUGAUCCGCAGCCUCCGCCGCGCCGAGGCCGAGAAGAUGAGCGCGAUGCUGGACCACAGCAACCUCAUCCGCGAGGUGAACCGCCGUCUCCAGCUCCACCUCGGCGAGAUCCGCGGCUUGAAGGACAUCAACCAGAAGCUGCAGGAAGAUAACCAGGAACUGAGGGACCUUUGCUGCUUCCUGGAUGACGACCGGCAGAAGGGCAAGAGGGUGUCGCGCGAGUGGCAGAGGCUGGGCAGGUACAGCGCCAGUGUCAUGCACAAGGAGGUGGCCUUAUACCUGCAGAAGCUGAAGGAGCUGGAAGUGAGGCAGGAAGAAGUGGUUAAGGAGAACCUGGAGCUGAAGGAGUUGUGUGUGUUGCUGGAUGAGGAGAAGAGUGGAGGAGCAGGCAGCCGGAGCUCUAUCGACAGCCAGAUCAGCCUGUGCCAGCUGACUGCCACCAGCGCGUACAUCAGAGAUGUUGGGGAUGGCAGCAGCACUUCCAGCACGGGCAGCACAGACAGCCCAGACCAUCACAAACACCACCCAAGCACCAGUCCAGAGCACCUGCAAAAACCUCGGGGGGAAGGAAGCCCUGAGCAUCAGAAACACAGGAGUAUCAGCCCAGAGCACCUGCAGAAGCCCAGGGGCUCUGGCAGUCCUGAUCAUCACCUGAAAGGGCCGAGCCCUGAGCAUCACAAAACCAUUGUCAAAGUACCUGAACAACAAAAGCACAGCAGCAGCAGUCCAGAAACUAUCCCAAAGCACGUUUUGAGUAGUAGCCCUGAACACUUUCAAAAGCAGAGGCCUGGUGGUAGCCCUGAGCACCAAAAGCACAGCGGUGGCAGCCCAGAUCACCUUCAAAAGCACACUCCCAGUGGAAGUACAGAGCACCUGCACAAGGUGAGGGGUACGAGCCCAGAGCAUCUCAAACAACAUUAUGGAGGGAGCCCAGAGCACCUCAAACACCUCAGCGGAGGCAGCAGAGAAGGUACCCUCAGGAGACAAGUGACAGAUGAGCUCUCCCCUCACCACAGGAGCUUGUACAACGGAAUGAAUGCUCCUGCGAGCUGUGAAAAUUUGCCUUGAUCAACUGUGGAGCCUGUACCUGUGACUUGGAUUCAAAGAAAAAUAUCUGUGCUUUCUACAAAGGGUACAAGGCUGAUUCAUCACUCUGUGAUCAGCUCCCACUUAGGCCAAGUGCAGAUAAGCCUGGAGAAAAUCAUUGAUUCCUGACCCACAUCCCCUCUUGGCUCCUGACUCUGGUUUUGGUUUACAGUGGACAAACUUUAAUGAUGUUCAAAAUCCAUCUUAUGAGUUUUGUGGUCUGCAAACAUUGCUGAGGACAUUAAGAUGAAUCUCUAAAAAUAGUGUUGGAUUAUGAGAAACAAGAAGAACAUUCCACUGGAGGCAGAUGAAUAUAUCAAGCACAAGCACACAAAUGCUGUGAGGCAGAACCUGCAAAUUGACUCAGAUCUUUCUAAGGAUUUGAGCACUUCACUCCUUGUUAAUACCCGACUUCUGCUGAAAUGGGAUGCCCAGACAGAACAAGAUGCUUAAAUAUCCAUCUUCAUGCAGUGCUCUGAAUGAAGUCACUGGUCUGUCACUGUCAUUCAUCUUGUUUGCUUGGGUCCAAUUUAGAAUUUAUGUAACCUGAAGUUAAAUUUUGAAUUUUAGAUUUUUGCAGUGUCACUAAGUCCAUAAAGAAAACAUGACAAGAAAGCAUUCCAGCAACGAUAUUUUCCUACCCAGCUCUCCAACCACUGAGACCAAAGGCUCUUCAGUGCUAACUGAACAGCAGAAGAUACCAAAUCUGUGUCUCCUCCAGCUACAGGUGCUAAGAACAUUGGUUUAUUCAUUUCUGUUGUAGCACUCGAUGCCUGGCCUACACUCCUGGCCAUCCUGCUGAAUGCUGCAUUGUGAGCACUUAAAACCAUAGCAAAUGUUUUAGAGAACUAUGAGGACAAAAGAUCCUGAGUUUUUAUCUAAAAAAAAAUCCUAAUUUCAGCAUGAGGGAAUUGGGAUUUAUGUGUUUUAGCUUUUUCAUGAACAUAAUCAAAAGUUUUUUUAAACUUUUGAGUGUAUUGGAAUGUUCUAUUCAGCCUGAAUUGCUGGAUUGGCCAAAAGCAUGGAAAUGACUGAUCAGACUGUCUUGGAAGCACGGAUCCCAGAGUUUUGUGCUGUCAAGUCACUCCAUCAUCCUGGAUUAGUCAAGAAUGAGUUGGAUGGGGUUGACACCUUGUAUCGAUUGCAAUAUCACAAGUACAGCCAGUUGUAUCCGUGGAAUCCUGAAAAGGUGGCUGGAGAACUCCAAAAGGAGAUGUAGCACAAAGGGACUUGUGUGACCCACUUUCUACAGCAAUGCAAAUUCAAGAGUAUUUACUUAUCAGCUGCCACCUGGAAGUGUGUCCUUCAGGCACUGGAGUGGGAAACAUAUUCUAUUCCACCUUUCCUGUUUCAUGUGUUUUUAUUUUAUUUUUUUAAACUAAAAAACCCGAGAGUUUAUUCCAGCAUCACUUUGGAAAAUGGGGAUUGCUGAAGAAUGAUUGAGAAAGUAUUUCUGUUGGUGUUAAGAGCAAACUACUGUUGAAUUUAUCACUGAAAAGAUCUGUAGUUUAAAUGUAGCAAACCUUGGCUGUGUCUGCCUUGUGCUUAGUGGAGCUGCACUUAGCACAUGUAUUUUUCAGUCAGUCAGUGUUAGAUAUUAAUCCUGCAUGUCCCUUAAUGUAAGAUUCUUUGGAUAUUCCUUGUCCUUGUUGCAGGGGAAACAGGAUCUUGGCUGCAAAGAUCCAGUCAGGUGAUGCUUUUUCUCAAAUUUAACACUUAAGUGCUUUUAACCUUUUAAACCUCCCCAGUUAGAUUUUGAUUUAUUUGUUUGUGCAGUGCUGCUCAGAAACACAUCAUGAUGCACAGGAAGCAAGCAGGCUCUGGAAAAUCUUGGGAAAGAAUCUGUAGUGAAAGAUAAAAGUUACUAAUAGGUUUUUACUCCCUGGAAUGAGAAAAUUCCAGGUAGUGUUUGCAUUUUGUUUAUUAGGAAAUGCUGUUCCCCAGGGAACCAGGAGCCUUUUCAUGCCAAACACUGAGGCUGCUGGCCUGUGGCUUUGCCCAUCAGGUGUGGAGAGAGAUGGCUGCUGCCUGAACCAGCUGCUUGAUUUGCAUCUCAGCUCAUGGAACUACUGAUGUGGGGCCCAAAUUUGUGUCCCAUCGUAGCUGUGGCAACACAGUGGGAAGAGUUCUUUGGGAGUUUCUUCACUGCUCCAGGAGUCUCAGCAGCAAACACCCAGAGACAUCUGAGACAAACACAGAGAUAAAUUUCAUCAAACACACAUUUGUCUGUUUUAAUGGUGUAAAUCACAAGUGGCUCUUUGCCCCACCCAUUGCAGGUGCAGUUCUGUUUCUGAGCACCAUCCCUUCAGCAAUCUAAAUUCAGGAUUCAGCUUCAAACUGAGGGCUUGAGCCAGCUCAGAUCUGUGGAGAACCAGGGGUGGAUGAGGCUGUAGACCUUGGCUUGGUGUGAUGCUGGCUUUGUCACCUGUGGAUCUGUCCAUGUCCAGCUCCAUCUGUGUUUAUUCUCCACACCAUGGAAGGAGUGCCCUCAUAGCAAACCAGUCAGCUGGGCUGGAAGCUGACUCUGUGGAGUUGUGGGAUUUUGGGGACAACUCUAGGGGUAAUCAGACCUUGCAUCUUGUUUUGUGAGCAUGUGUCUUUAUGUAUAUGUUGUGCAGAAAACUUCUCCCUCUUAGCACAAAGCCAAAUGCUGAAAAGCCCAAACACAAGUAUUAUGUGUAAGAUCUGAAAGCUGGCAAAAUAAAUGAUCGGUGACAUCUAUUUUCAGAGAUUCACAGUUUAUUCUGAGUUGGAAGGGAGCCACAAAGAUCAUGUCCAACUCUUUAGAAAAUGGCCUGUAUGGAGAUUGUACCUACAAUCUUGGUGUUGUGUGCUGAAUUCAUCAUCAGAGGGAAAGACUGAAGAUCUGUAACAUAUUGGUAAUCAGAUUAACAACAUUUAUGCCUCUUCUGGAAACGGCCUUUGCAGUAUGUCUGUCCUUUUCAGGCCCAAAACCUUCUGCUCUGGUUUGUGCUGCAGAAGCUUUCUGAGUUCCAAGGGGUCCUGAGAGCUUCUGAAAGGUCCAGAGCA